GAACCCAGUUGCCCGUUGGUUUCUGUGGGUCAGGGCUGCUGUGCCCUGUGGCCCCCACAGUGAGGCAGGUGUAGGAACACUGUUUUGAAGGUGAGCUUGGCUGUGCAGGGCCUUGAGAGCAAAGUUGAGUGCUUAGGGUGAUGACUAACAGAAGGGAUUAUGUUCUUGUUCAUUUUAAAUAAGUGUGUUUGUUGCAGGGGGUGGGGGGCACUUCCCCAUGAUUAGAGUUGGCCAUGUGCAGAGUGCCCCUACUCUCCCACUUCAAGAAAGCCCAGCAUGCUUAGAACCUCAUUGUGAUUUUUGCAUCACUUGCUGUAACCGAUGUGGUGGGUGGUGACUUCUGCAUACAGUGUGGCAGAGUUUGACCUUGUUAAAGUGGAAUCACCCUCUUACCUCUCAUCAGGCCUGGCCUGGCAGCUUUGUAAACCGCCUCCCCCACUCUAUUGAAGUCUGGGAGGGAGGGUGUUGCUGUAUCGUUCAAAUUCUUACUUUUCAGGGCCACAACUAAACUGCCCAGGGUGCUGUCAUUCACCUAUCACUUCUUCUUCUCCUCUGUUCUCUAGCCCCUGUAGUUGGUCCCGGAAACCCACCCUGUCCCGCCACGCAGAGUCCAGAAGGAAAGAGAGCCCCAUGCCUGAGCUGCUGGGAGCACCAUGGAUCUGACAAAGAUGGGUAUGAUCCAGCUGCAGAACCCCAGCCACCCCACCGGACUCCUGUGCAAGGCCAACCAGAUGCGGCUGGCGGGGACCCUGUGCGAUGUGGUCAUCAUGGUGGACAGCCAGGAGUUCCAUGCCCACCGCACGGUGCUGGCCUGCACCAGCAAGAUGUUCGAGAUCCUCUUCCACCGCAACAGCCAGCACUAUACGCUGGACUUCCUCUCGCCAAAGACCUUCCAGCAGAUUCUGGAGUAUGCCUACACAGCCACACUGCAGGCCAAGGCAGAGGACCUGGACGACCUGCUGUACGCGGCCGAGAUCCUGGAGAUUGAGUACCUGGAGGAGCAGUGCCUGAAGAUCCUGGAGACCAUCCAGGCCUCGGAUGACAAUGACACCGAAGCCACCAUGGCGGAUGGCGGGGCUGAGGAAGAGGAGGACCGUAAGGCUCGGCACCUCAAGAGCAUCUUCAUCUCCAAGCAUUCCAGCGAAGAGAGCGGCUAUGCCAGUGUGGCUGGGCAGAGCUUCUCGGGGCCUCUGGUGGACCAACGCCCUUCAGGCUCCACCUCCUUUGGCCUUUUAGCCAUGAGCCCCACCAAGGCUGCUGUGGACAGUUUGAUGACCAUAGGACAGUCCCUCCUGCAGGGAACGCUUCAGCGUCCUGCAGGACCCGACGACCCCACGCUGGCAGGGGGUGGGCGGCACCUUGGGGUGGCUGAGGUGAAGACGGAGAUGAUGCAGGUGGAUGAGGUGCCCAGCCAGGACAGCCCUGGGGCAGCCGAGUCCAGCAUCUCGGCAGGCAUAGGGGACAAGGCCGAGGAGAGAGGCAAAGAGGGGCCCGGGACCCCAACUCGGAGCAGCGUCAUUACCAGUGCCCGAGAGUUGCACUACGGCCGGGAGGAGAGUGCCGAGCUCCUGCCGCCCUCUGCGGAAGCUGGCCAGGUCCCCCCUGGGCGCCCAGAGCACGCCGGGCCCCCGGCUGAGAAGCAUGUGGGCAUCUACUCCGUGCUGCCCAACCACAAGGCCGAUGCGGUGUUGAGCAUGCCGUCUUCGGUGGCCUCCGGCCUCCACAUGCAGCCGGCCCUGGCGGUCUCCAUGGACUUCAGCACCUACGGGGGGCUGCUGCCCCAGGGUUUCAUUCAGAGGGAGCUGUUCAGCAAGCUGGGCGAGCUGGCUGUGGGCAUGAAGUCGGAGAGCCGGGCCAUGGGCGAGCAGUGCAGCGUGUGUGGGGUCGAGCUUCCUGACAAUGAGGCUGUGGAACAGCACAGGAAGCUGCACAGUGGGAUGAAGACAUACGGGUGUGAGCUCUGUGGGAAGCGCUUCCUGGAUAGCUUGCGACUGAGAAUGCAUUUACUGGCUCAUUCAGCGGGUGCCAAAGCCUUUGUCUGCGAUCAGUGCGGUGCCCAGUUUUCGAAAGAGGACGCGCUGGAGACCCACAGACAGACCCACACUGGCACAGACAUGGCCGUCUUCUGUCUGCUGUGCGGGAAGCGGUUCCAGGCGCAGAGUGCGCUGCAGCAGCACAUGGAGGUCCACGCCGGCGUGCGCAGCUACAUCUGCAGCGAGUGCAACCGCACCUUCCCCAGCCACACGGCCCUCAAACGCCACCUGCGCUCCCACACAGGCGACCACCCGUACGAGUGUGAGUUCUGCGGCAGCUGCUUCCGGGACGAGAGCACACUCAAGAGCCACAAGCGCAUCCACACGGGCGAGAAGCCCUACGAGUGCAACGGCUGUGGCAAGAAGUUCAGCCUCAAGCACCAGCUGGAGACGCACUACAGGGUGCACACAGGUGAGAAGCCCUUCGAGUGUAAACUGUGUCACCAGCGCUCCCGGGACUACUCGGCCAUGAUCAAGCACCUGCGGACGCACAACGGCGCCUCGCCCUACCAGUGCACCAUCUGUACCGAGUACUGCCCCAGCCUCUCCUCCAUGCAGAAGCACAUGAAGGGCCACAAGCCCGAGGAGAUACCGCCCGACUGGAGGAUAGAGAAGACCUACCUGUACCUGUGCUACGUGUGAAGCCGGCCCGCCGCAGGGUGGGGGUGGGGGGGGGCAGCAGGGAGAGAACUAGAGCAACGUGGAGGAAGGACUGUGCAAGAAAAACAAAAAGAGAGAGAGAGAGAGAGAGAGAGACAGGAAACCUGAUAGCUGUUUGGCCUUGGCUUGUCCCUAGGGCUCCCAUGGCGGAUGCCUGGGCGCUGCUCCGGCCCAGGGCCUCCACUCCCUCCUUUCCCCGCUGGAAGGCUGCCUGAGCUUCUUGGGUGGGUGGACGGGUGGGUGGGGGUUGGUUUUGUUCGCUUCUGACAGCGGGUUGUUCUCCUCCCUCUACCCAGACCCUCCCUUCAGGCCCAGGGCGAGGCUGAGCCUAGGCCUGCCCACCCCUCCCGGGGGCUCCUUCGAGGUUGGAGGCCCGCAGGGGAGAAGCAGGCCCGGUGCAGGGGUGCCUGGGCUGAGGCCUGGCUGUCGUGAAGAUAGCAGCUCUAGUUUGCUGGAGCAGACCGAUGGGGGCGGUCUCUUUUUCCCUCCCCAGGACUCACUCAUCUGCUGCUUCCUGCCCUUUUGCCGGCCCUGCGCCUUCCCUCUUGCCCCCUCCCCUGGCUCCAUGCUGCUGGCCUUGGCCUGCCUCCAGUCACCCAUGUCCCCCGGGGAGGGGCUCCCAGCCCGUCAGGAGCUUUCCGAGAACACAAGACAAAGGGCGAGAACUGCCUUCCCUCCCAGCCCACC